AUGUCCAGACGAGGUCCCACUCGAACUUUUGAUGAGGAUGAUGAUAGUGAGGAAGAAUUGUUGGAUGACUUUUCCAUUAAUGCAUUUACAUGUGACCAGGACAUUGAUAGAUACGACGAGGAUGAACUUUUAGGGGCAUCUGAAGAUGAAAGUUUUGAAAAAAGCACUAAAGUUGAGGAGGACCAUAAUCCCAUUCAAAGUUCUUCUCAAUUAACAAAAAAAAUCAAUGAAAAUAGAGAGGUUGCUGCAGUGGAAAAUGAAAACUUGAACAAAGAUGAACUUGUGAGGUGCUCCGGAUGCUAUAAAGAUGAUGCAAGUAAAUGUGAUAUUCAUCAUGAUAAAUCAAAAUCUCAGGUUAUACAGGUUGCAGAUACUGGAAAUACAAAUGUAUUUGCAAGUGAAUUUCCAAGAGAAUCAGGUUUAAAAACUGAAGACUCUAGAGAGCUGAAUGUUAAAUAUGAAAAUGAUGAUAUACAGAACAGUUAUAUUAGUGAGGAUGACUAUAAACAUAAUGAUGAGGAUGAUGAAGAAGAGGAAGACGAUGACGAUGACGGUGAUCAAAUGCAUAAGAGAGAUAGGUUCAAAUCAGAAAGAGAUUCAUUCAAAUUGCUUCCAAAAUUUUCUGGCCCAGACAGGAGUAAUAAAAAAUUGCCAAUUCCUGAAACACUAGAGAUAAGCAAGGAAGAUCAGAAUGAAAUUAAUAAAUUCAUGAAUCCUAAAGCCAAUGUCUCAAACAAGUAUAGCAGCAACUAUAGUAACAACAGUGUUCGACAUCAGCAGCAAGCACAACACAGAAUGAGAUCCGCUGGUUUCAGAACAUUUGGUCCACAAUUUGCUCAGCAAAACAUAAUGUCCCAUCGUUUCAAUUUUGUAAGAGGACAUAUGAACAGGACUCCCCUAAUCAUGAACAGCACAGGCAGCAAUAUUAACAUGAUGAAGGAUAAUGCAAUUGUAAAAAGUUUAACCAAUGCAGCUGUCAAUAUUCUGGUGGGUGAUGAUGGAAUCUUGAAAGAUAAACAGCUGAGACAAAAAGAACUUUUUUUGAAACAGCAACAUCUACACCAACAGGGACAUUUGCGCCAACAACUGCAACAACAGCGGUUGCAACAGCAACUUCAGCAACAGCAGUUACAACAACAAUUACAACAACAGCAGUUACAGCAGCAACAACAACUGCAACAACAACAGCAACAAUUGCAACAAAAGUUUCAACAAUUAAGACCACAACGACUUCAGCAACAUGCAAUAACGUUGCAGCAGCAGCAACAUUCUCAACAAAUUAUGAAUCAAACAAGAUUUCAAAGGUCUCUAAAUGAAUCACAACCAUUGCCCCAGCAACUCAUUGAAAAUGUAGACAAUGUUCGCUUCAGACAACCUCUAGUUGCAGCACCCCCUCCCCAUCCUAGACUGGCUCAGUUUGUUCCAGCACACACAAGAAUGGUGGUACAUUCUGACUCUGUGAGACAAUCAGUGCCUGUGCUGCAACCAAUUCAGCAGAUUCGUGAUCCUUACUGCCAGGAGGCAGCAACAGUAGGAGCACAGAUAAUGCAACAGCAGCCACAGGUGAUCAUCAGACAGGAACCCUCUUACAACAGCAUGGCACCACCCCUAUUGCAGCAACAACAAUCUUCAUCUUCACACCAGUACACUCCAAGACCGAUGAUUCAACCUAUUAUUCAACAACAGCCUCCGCAGCAUCUACAAACAAUCAUACAUCAGCAACAUUCGCAACCUCUGUUCAUCAAACCGCAGUUUCUUGAGUCUCAGCAACAAGCCAACUGUCUCCAGCAACAACAAGUGGUGGAAAUGGUCGGACAACCCAUAGAAACUGUUGUCUCAAGAAAUACAAACAAGAACAUUAAAAUUAAUAAUACAAGAGAAACCAACAAAUCAAAUGUGCAGCGAAAGCAGCAGGAACUUGUUAAGCCACAAAUUGAUGAAGUGCAAGAUGUUCAUGUGAAAUCUGAAUACGAACUAGAACAUGAACGCAAGCUGGCUGAGAGAGCUAAACGAUUCCUUCAACCAUUUAAAAAACUUAACAUUCCAACAUUACUAGCAGAGGCUACUGCAAAGGUUUCAACAGUGAAAUCAACACCUAAGCGACAACUACCAACAACCACCGCUGCACAAUCGGAACCAGAGAGUCCAAAUAUUUUAAGCAAAAAAGCAAAGCUGUCUAAUAGGAGAGUCAUAAGCAAAGAAGCUAUACAAUCUCAACUGACUGCUAAUAGUGAUCAAGUCGUGGUGUGUGAUGAUGAUUUAAACAAGGCUCUAGAACAACAGAAGUUGCUAAGGGAAAGGAUAAUGAAGAAGAAGGAAGAACGAAGACAACAGCAAGCUGUUAGCAGGAUACAAUCGUCAUCAUUCAUUAGCGGUUAUUUGUUGUUGUAUGGGAGAUGUGGUUCCCUGAAGGUUCCUUCUGAUCAAUCAACAUCUAGUACAUCUCCAACAAAAUCAACAACUCUAACUUCUAAUAAAAAUACAAAUCCUAUACUUGCGAGUUGCGGCAUCAGUGGCAUCAUCAACCCUCCCAAGUCAACUAAACCGCUCACCAAACUAAUCAUCACCAAGUCUCAGUACAAAGCUCUGCUGGCUCAAAUGAAGCAAAAAGGACUUCCUAUGCCAGAGAAUUUUCUUAAGAAAAAAGACCUUCUUGUAAAAGCCCAAAUAAAGAAGAAAGCAACGGAUGCUGCCGUGACAACUUCAAGUGGUGUUGGUGGAUCUAGGAUCAUUAUUGAUAGCAGAUCAGUUGUGAAAGAUGCCCAUGAUGCAACCUCUGAUAUUCCAGCAACCUACACAACCCAAAUUCGGAGACCAGCAACAGAGUUUUCUCAGCAAUCAACAACUUCUCACCAGCAACAGAUUAGCCCCAAAAAACAGCACUUUGGCUUCAAUUCUUUUUCUCCUCAUCCACGGUUUUUAACGUCAAUACGUAAUUUUUCCACACAUGAGAACAAAGACAUCAACGUCCAAAAUAAAUUUAACACGGCUCCAAAUUCUACCAACGGGACCUCGACUGACGGUGGUAACACAGUUCGUGUAACAAAUUUGGACGAAUGUGUAAAAUAUUCACAACUGAAGUGCAUAGCUGAAGCGAUAGGACCUGUCCAGAGUUUGCAAAUGAUUUUGAGAGAAAAUCGAGCAGUCAUAAAGUUUGCUAAACAGGAGCAUGCACGUUUGUUCAUCGACUGCUAUAAUGGGUAUGUUAUAUUUUUUCAAUUUCCAUACAAAAUAUUUUGCUUUAUUCGAGAUUCCACUGUUUGA